UCGACUGUCAGAUUAAUAACUAAAAAGCCGCCAAAAUCGCUACUUUCUUCAAAUCCCGCCGGUUCAUCAAAAUCCGAUCAGCGCCUUUGCAUUCCGACGUAUGAUGAUCGCGCGUCGUAUUGGUGCCCUAUUCAAGAAUUCUUCUGUAAUUCCCAAGCAAAGAAGACGAGUCCUCUUCUCUUGGUUCUCUACGGCUAACCCUAGACAAUCGUAUUUCUUCCGCGAUGGCUUUGAAGAGGAAAAAGGUGUCAGUGCCAUUUAUCAGCAGGCGCUCAAAUUUCAGCGACCAAACACGAUGAGAUGGCAGCAACAGUUGGUGAACGCCGUCAAUUUUAUUGGAUCAGUGGAUCGCCCUGUGCAGAAACUACCCUUCAAACACGACCGCUCCGACGUUGGGGCAUACACCGUGCUCCGUGUCAAAAACUCCGGUGAUACCAACCAUACGUUUAGCAUACUACUGCAAAUGCGGGAUGACCUAGCCAAGAUGUGUAUUGAAAAUCUCAAGCCAAAUGACGUGAUUCAUGUUUCAGGUAGUUUGGCGGGUUACGUAAAGAAUUAUCAGAGUGGAGAUCGGCAAUAUCUUUACAAGGUAGUUGUGAAAGAAGUGAAUCACAUCGCGCAAAGGGCUCAAGGCUCAACUAUCCGAAGUUUUGUGGAAUCACAAUCAGAAGAUUCCGGUGAAUCUAGGUUGGAGAGGUACAAUGAUCGCCUUCGCUUGUGGCAAGUUUUCUUCACUAGCCCAUAUGAAUGGUGGGAUAACAGGAAAUGCAAAACAAAUCCACAACAACCAGAUUUUAAGCACAAGGAUACUGGUGAAUCUCUUUGGCUAAGUCCAACUGAUCCUCCAUGGAUUAAAAGGCAACUGCAACUAAUAAGUUCAGAAAUGGCAGAAAGAAGCAAAGUAGAAGUGGGUACUUCAUCUCGUGUAUCUAGAUGGGUGUAUGAUUAGCACAACCCAGUGGCAAUUCAUCAGGACAUAAGAGACACAGCAUUUUGCAGGCCUGGAGAUGAGAGCUGGACAAUUUUACCAAGAAUCGAUGGUCUUGUUGAAGAUAUUUGGUAUUUCAAUGACAAGUUCUAUUUUAUCACAGAUCAUGGAGAUCUUGUGACCGGGGACUUCUCUGAUAUUGGUGUUCCAAAAGAGAAUGUCAUUAUAUCUAAAAAUGAUGAGGAACCGUUGCGAGGUUCAAGGUGGGUGGUUGAUACUUCUCUGAGUCUGUGUGCGACGAACUUCUCCUGGUUUACCAAAUCAUGAAUAGAAAUGUGGGACGUCACAGAGUGGGAUACGAUGAAGAUAUUGAAAAUGUGGACAAUAAAGCUUAUAGAACUGCUGGGUUUUUUAUUUACAGAUUGAUGAGCAGAGGAAAAAGUGGACUCCAUAUUGUUUAUGUGGGCGGGCAAUGCUUUUGGGGAUUAUUCGUGCGAUUGCAUUCUAACAGCAGAAUAUCAUGAGCUUAAAGAACACCAUAUUUACUUCACAGAUGAUUUUGCUGAGGCUUACUAUGAAAAUCCACAGGGGUACAAUGAUUUGGGUGUUUACAGUCCACAGGAUGGAAGUGUCGUCAAGUUCUAUGAGAAUGCUCCCUUUUGGACUGAUCCUUGCAUUUGGAUUGCACCUAAUUCACACUAAAAGGGUAUUAACUUGAUGAUGGUGCCUCUCUGGCUGGUUGACAAAUCUUCUGUUUGUUAGACUCUCGUAGUAUCUUUGUUCUUGCUUCUUAGGCCUUACAAGUGACUUAACUGGGUAUCUUAUUAUGUACAGAUGCUUUAGUUGCUACAUUGCUUGGAUGAUGAUUGGGAUAUGUGAUUUCAAGCUAAUGUUUUUUUUUUUCCCGAUUUACCUGCCAUAUUG